UGAAGCCAGCUAGCUCUCUUGUUCAGGUAGCUUUGUUGGCUAACUAACUCGCUAGCUAAUCUUAGCUAAACUAAAAAAAAUAUUGUUGACUAUAUUUGCUAGUCUAGCUCUGUUAAUAUUGUCAGCAGACUAAAAUAUAUGUAUAAAAAUAUAAAAUGUAUGUGAUCACCGACUGACAAUGUAGUAGCUAGCUAAAGCAUGCGGUAAAAUAAACAGAAGACAGGCUGAAGUUGGCCCUGAUUAAAAACUUGCUUCAGUUGGGUAACCCGUGUUGUGUCGGUAUGACGAGGAGCUAGCCAAUAUUAGCUAUCUGGUGCUAGCCUUUGCGAAGACAUGGUUAGCUAGAUCUUGCGAGGAGGGACACCCGUGAACCAAAAUAGGAUUCCGGCGCGUAUCCAGCUGCUAAACUGUUGAUUUUCGAGAGUGCGAUCUGACUGCAAGUUCAGUAUUAUUUUCUUGAUAACUUCAAGGUGAUGACACACCAGUAAUGGACCCCAUGGCAGUGAGCACCUCCGCUUCGGUCCCGGAUGAGUUCGACCGCAAUGUGCCCCGCAUCUGCGGCGUUUGCGGCGACAAAGCCACGGGAUUCCACUUCAACGCCAUGACCUGCGAGGGCUGCAAGGGCUUCUUCAGACGCAGUAUGAAGAGGAAGGCGAGCUUCACUUGCCCGUUCAAUGGCAGCUGUACUAUCACCAAGGACAACCGGCGCCACUGCCAGGCCUGCAGGCUGAAACGCUGUGUGGAUAUUGGCAUGAUGAAAGAGUUCAUUCUGACGGACGAGGAGGUGCAGAGGAAGAAGGAUCUGAUUCUGAAGCGAAAGGAGGAGGAGGCGGCGCGGGAGGCGCUGAAGCCACGCCUGAGCGAGGAGCAGACCCAGGUCAUCGCCUCGCUGGUGGAGGCGCACCACAAGACCUACGAUGACUCCUACUCUGACUUCCAACGCUUCCGGCCUCCAGUGAGGGAAGGUCCUGUGACACGCAGUGCCAGUCGUGCCGCCUCCCUCCACUCUCUGUCCGACUUCUCUUCAGACUCCUUCAGCCACUCCCCAGAGUCAGUGGAUAUGAAGCUGAUGAACUUCAGCAGUCUCCUGAUGAUGUACCAGGACAGCGCAGCCAGCCCCAAAUCCAGCGAGCCAGACAGCCCCAGCCUGUCCAUGCUGCCUCACUUGGCCGACCUCGUCAGCUACAGCAUACAGAAAGUCAUCGGCUUUGCCAAGAUGAUCCCCGGGUUCAGGGACCUGACCGCGGAUGACCAGAUUGCCCUGCUCAAGUCCAGCGCCAUCGAGAUCAUCAUGCUGCGCUCCAACCAGUCCUUCAACUUGGAGGACAUGUCCUGGACCUGUGGAGGCCCUGACUUCAAGUACUGCGUCAAUGACGUCACCAAAGCCGGACACACCCUGGACCUCCUGGAGCCGCUGGUGAAGUUCCAGGUGGGGCUGAAGAAGCUCAACCUGCAUGAAGAGGAGCACGUCCUGCUCAUGGCCAUCUGCCUCCUGUCUCCCGAUCGGCCGGGGGUGCAGGACCACGCCCGCGUGGAGUCUCUGCAGGACCGGCUGUCGGAGGUGCUGCAGGCCUACAUCCGGGUGAACCACCCGGGCGGGCGGCUGCUCUACGCCAAGAUGAUCCAGAAGCUGGCGGACCUGCGGAGCCUGAACGAGGAGCACUCCAAGCAGUACCGCUCGCUGUCCUUCCAGCCCGAGCACAGCAUGCAGCUCACGCCCCUCGUCCUGGAGGUGUUCGGCAGCGAGGCUUCGUAGCACCCCCUCCCCCACCCGGCUCGCUCGGAGGUGGGACAGAGGGGAGGCGCCAGGACCGCGGGGUGGGGAGGGGAGGGGCGGGGUUACUGGUGGUCGGGGGGUGGGGCGUCGGCUGAGGCCGCAGUAAGUGGGGAGUUCCCCCCGCGAGUAGAGAAAAGGGAAUCCUGAGAGAUUUUAUGUAUACAUAUAUAAAUAUAUAUAUAAUUAUCUAUAUUUAAGGAAAGCAUAGUUUAUAUUGAAAAUCAGUGGAGGAUUGAUGCUGUGUUUUUCACAGGAUGGCUUUGAAAAACACUGUGUGCGCGUGUGUGUGUGUGUGUGCCUGUUUGUCUGUUCUAGAAGGGUUUUGAACCGUAGCCAAGAGUGUACACACACACACACACAUGCGUACUCACAGGAACACACACAUACACAAACACACACACACACACUGCUGGCUGUAAUGAGAAAGUGAGGCCUGUUUUCGAGGUUUGUAUAUGAGGAUAUUUAAUGACCACUGGGCGUGCAGUUCAGGGUGAGCGAGGAGGAUUCGGAAUCUGGUACGAGGCGCACCGUCCCCGCGGGAUAUGCCCUCGCCUUCAUUCAAACAGCCUGGCAGAGAGACAGGUGACCAGUGCCAGCCAAUCGGGAUCCCUCCCGCGGACCCUGGGGCCGGGAGCGAUGCGAUUGGAGGGUCCUUGUCGAUUUCUCCUGGCCCAGGGGAGGCGGGGGCCCGUCCCGUCGGAGGGCGCGUGCGACCCGUACACAGGACCUCUGACGGGUGUGGAGGGGGCUCGGCCGGGCCGUCGGGGGCUCCCCUCGGUGGGAGGAGCCACGGCACGCGUUCGCUGUGUCGUCGUUCAGGGAUUCGUGGCAGACGAGAGUACGCAGGGCCAGCCCUGCGCUGCUAGCUCAGCCGCCCUUUGGGCUACAUGCUGUUUAUUCAAUUGGCACUGCGUAACCGCAGACACAUCUGAGUAACUCGAUCCAAGUCCCCCCGAAUGUGUUUUUCGGGAGCAACAGGUGUUCAAAAGACCAGCUGAUGGUUCUCGCUGUUCUUUAGACCUUUCACAACAACCUUCUCCUCCUCCCACCCCUCCACACCGCAUUCAGAUCUGAUUCUGUGCCACAGGUCCUGUAGUGUCACAUCACUGAAAAUAAAGCCAGCAUCUUUCUGUGGUUUGUUGGGUGGUGCUGCCCCCUGUUGGUUUGAAUCUGUAAAUACCGCAGUAUUAGUUGUGUACAUACGUAGGGCAAAAUACGUAGGUGAAACUAAGAUAAACCAUUGAAGAUACUCUCAAAAUAUAUGCAAAUAUUAUACUGACUAUUUUCUUUUUUUGAUGUUUUAUUUUUUCACUCUUAAAGUAACACUAUGCUUUGGCAAGCUCAUGUAUUCCUUUUCAGUGUGAAUACAUUAUUUGGAAAAAGGUUUGGUCAGUUUUAAGAUGAGCAAUGGGGUGUGUUAGAACAUUAAUUUUUACGUGUUUUAAACUUUUUGCUGUUGUUUGUUGUGGGAAAAUGGAAGAAAUUCAGACUAAACCUAAUGCUGCUCUCUACGGUAAGCCAUACCAUCCCAUGUAUAUAAAAAUCACAGAGCGCUCCGUUGUAGCCCGACGGUGCGUCCACCCUGACUAAACUCUACUAGCCACCAAAACAGCCAUGUUCUGCGUUCCUCUACGCGCCCGUGAGCGCCCGCCAGCGCCCGUGAGCGCCCGCCAGCGCCCGUGAGCGCCCGCCAGCGCCGCGGAACGGAAGCCGCGAGCUCACCUCGGAGCUAUGAAGCGGCCGCCGGUUCCAAAACGGCCGGGGGAGAACUGCUGUGCUCAGAAGGAAGGAUUUCCCAUGCUGCUCUUGGGUUUUUUUCAUUUUUAGUUUUAUUUUUUUAUUUUAUUGUUGUUUUAUGUUGGGGGGGUGGAGGUUGGGGGGGGGGGGGGCGUUGAGAUGCAGGGCUUUUGCUUUGGAGCCGUCCCGUGGGGCGGGGUGGUGGGGGGGUGUAAAGGAGGGAUCAGCCUUUUGACGUGUGUGUGCCUGAGUGGGUUUGGCUGAUCCUCGGGGCCCCCGGAGUGUGAACGGAUGGGGGGGGGCGUCGGUGUGAGGCCUGCAGUGCCCCUGUACGCGGGGCUUCGCUCGGGGAGGGCCGCCGCGCUCUGGGCAGAGAUGGGCGGGGCUGUGCGGGCGAGCGCAGCGGUGUGUGUAGGAAGUCUGGUUACAGCACAGGAUGCCACGGUAACUGGCAUCCUGUGCUGUGUUUUCAUACUGCGCUGAUGCCCAUGCCCCUCCCACCCCCCAUCCCCCUACACACACACACACACACAUAUGCACACACCCGCCCGCGCGUGCUAUUGAUCUUGCUUAUGCAUUCUGCACUUGCAGAAGGCCACGUGUGUCUUCAGCAGCACCAUUGAUAACCCAUGGAGAGCAGCUCUCCUGAAUCUCUCCCUAUAGCGCCCCCUGCCUGAGGCAAGCAGGACUACACUCUGACCCAACCCUCUUGAUUAGGGCAGACUGCCUUGCACCGCACCCUACCCUCCUCAAAGUAUACUGCCUUGUACCACACCCUAACCCCCUCAAACAAAGUAUACUGCCUUGUACCACACCCUAACCCCUGCAAACAGAGCUGACUACCUUCCACCACACCCUAACUCCCGCGAACAGAGCAGACUACCUUCCGCCACUCCCUAACUCCUGCAAACAGAGCAGACUACCUUCCACCACACCCUAACUCCUGCAAACAGAGCAGACUACCUUCCACCACACCCUAACCCUAACAGACAGAGCAGACUACCUUCCACCACACCCUAACUCCUGCAAACAGAGCAGACUACCUUCCAUCACACCCUAACCCUAACAGACAGAGCAGACUACCUUCCACCACACCCUAACUCCUGCAAACAGAGCAGACUACCUUCCACCACACCCUAACUCCUGCAAACAGAGCAGACUACCUUCCACCACACCCUAACCCUAACAGACAGAGCAGACUACCUUCCACCACACCCUAACUCCUGCAAACAGAGCAGACUGCCUCGUCGUGUUACCUGGGUCACACACAGGUUGCAUACGCAGUUUCACGUUGAGAACAUUUUACGGUUUAUCUUUCUGAAUGUCAUUUCAUUGUCUUAUUUGUAUCGGGAUUAUGUAAACAUACACACACAUACAGUUUUUCCUGUAUCCAGGGCUGCUUUUAUCAUGAUUUGUGCCAAGGAGGGGUGCCUCCUGUAGCCGAGCUCACGGCUGGCCAAACGGUUUCAAAGGUUUACUCAGACUCAUUUUUUGCUGCUCAACCAGAACAGGACAGUACGCAUGGUGUAGUUAAGGGCGCCCUGUGACUGGCGACAGGGUACGCCCGCCAAUCAGAAUCCACACAGAGCGCAGCCGCCGGGAACGCCGCGCUACAUAAUCGCUCGUUUCUCCGCCGUCUGUGAGCGACGAUUCCCCCCCGCCCUUUUUUCCCUUCUGUGAUGCGUUGUGUUGCUAUGGUAACGGCUGCAAUGUGUGAAUGGAGAGUUUAAGGGGCGGGGCCACCAGUAUGAACUACCUCUCAUCUGCACAAGGAUUUAUUUUUGCAUGAGUGUUUUUAUUCAGUUUUUUUUUUUUUUGUUCUUUUGUACCUCCUGUUUUUACUAUAACUUUACAUUCUACGUGCUGGACAGUUACCUCAGAGCAUCUCAAGGAGUGGAGGAAACGGAUCAAAAAGACUUCACCCCGACUCUUCUGGGCUGGAGGCCAAGCCGUGGGGGGCGGGGACUGUGACUCGGGACGUUUCGACGCCGUGGACAGCCGUACAGGACGGGGGGGUGGGGGGAGGGGCGGGACGGUUUGGAAGCCGAGCUGUGGCCUCCGGCCCAGUCAGCACGCUGCAGUGCCUCCAGCCAUGUCUGCUGCUGUUCAUUAUGUAGCACGAGACUGCCGCCUGCUUAUUAGCCCAACCCGGUCUGUACGUGUGUGUUUGUCGGAGCAUGCGAGAACUGUACGAACCUUAGCAAGAAUGUAGGUUUUUUUCUUUUAGUUUUUUUUUUUAGUUAUUUGUUUGUUUUUUUGUAGUACACAAACGGGUAUAUUCAGGGCCCAGUUUUGGUGUCUGUCAGGUCUGCUUAUAAACUAGCUCUAACACCGCUGCCUCCCACCCCCCUUCCCCCCCCCCGCCUCGCCCCGCGCUCUGCCUGUCUGACGCGGCUCUCUCCGAAACGCCGGCCUUCUCCGAACGCCUCUCCUUCGCGGGCGGCAGGCCACGGCGAGAGACGCGCGGGGCGGGGCGGGGCGGGGCGCCCGACCGUGGUCACGCUGGCAGGAAUAGCUCCUAAGCGCCUGCCGUUCAUAACCCGCUUGCUUCGAGCGCGACAACCCGCCGAUCACGUCCGCAAAUUUUGGUCGUGCCCCCUUCCCCAGACAGGAAGUUGCCGGACCCGGGCGUGGCGAAGCGCACAGAGAGAGAGCGACUCUGUGAGGGUGGGGCAGCGUGGCCCUCGCCGCCGUGGCAACGCCGCAGACACAUCGCGCAGAUUUACAGCGCUGGUUAACAGAUCUCUGUACAGAUUUCAAAAUAACUGACCCGUUCUUCCCCUCUACCUCUAUGACAGAUAAGACUGACACACGUUUAGUAUGCACAUCCCUGCUACCAGCAGUUUCCCCUGUAUAACCUACCUUAUACCUACCCUGUCUGUUGUGUAAUGUGUAUAUAAGUGUAACACAUAAAGCGUAUACCUAGGCCAUAAAUGGACACUGUGUUAAGCAGGGAGGGGAUGGUUUUGUACAUGAACACACACACACCCACACAAACACACAAACACACACACACACACAUAUGCAUAAGCUUGCUUAGUUACCACAGUGUGCCAAAAACCUGGAGCCUUAUUCAUAACCUUGGGUAUUAAUCUUGACGUAUUGUAUAGCUGCCGAUAUAUGUAUUCAAAACCGUUAAACUAAGAGAAAAAAAAACGCUUUUAAAACGUGCUGACGAUCAUUCAGAGGACUUGUGCGGGAAGUGUAAUCUAAAAGCCAUCGCCGCGAUCCUGCGACACCCUCGCUCCCAUAGCAGAAAAAAAAACAAAAAAAAAAACAAAACACGGAGCCGUCGUGGAAUGUAACAAAGGUCGUAGACUCGUAUCACUAACAAAUGCCUUAAAGAACGCGCUUUUUCGGCUCGCGCGGUAACAGCUGACGUGCAUGCUCGAUCGGCGCCCCUGCUAUUCGUUCAGCCGCUGAAUUUCGGACGCAUCUCAUUUGCUGGCUGUUACGCGCGAAGAGGCCGAAAGUAUCAUGUUUUCUAUAUCUACAGCAUCCAGUCGAGAAAACAGAUUUAAUCAUUUUAUAGCUGUACGUAUUAGUAUUUUUAUUUUGUUUUAUUGAAGAAUUCCCCACGAAAGCACUUACAUACUAGCUACCCAUGAAUUCCUGUAAUUAACUGAUAUGGACCUUGCAUAUAAAUCAAUGCAGGUCUGAAGCUGUUGCUGUUAGUGAGGUAAUUGCUCUAAUUUGAUCAUUGAUAAUCUUUAUUGCAUUUCUCUUUGUUCUGUCAUGGUCUAUUAUGUUUUUUGUUUCUAUUCUGAAAAACUGAUCAAUUGACUGUAUUGUAAUUAGUAUGUGAAAUGUUUUGAAAAAUUCAAAUAAACCUCUGUACAUACCAUGA